AUGCUUCAAAGAAUGUUUUCACCAUUUACCUUUGUUAAUUGUGCUUCUGUAUUGACAGAAACUGUUGGCUUUAUCAAGGCCAGACAUAAGACAUUGCAAUGGGCAAUCUAUAGGUACAAUGCAUGUUGGCUUCCAUUGCUUGCUAAACAUUCAGAGUCUAAAAUCACUGAAGGACCUUUAGUUGUUCCUCUUGAUUGUGAAUGGAUUUGGCAUUGUCACGGACUUAAUCUGGUUAGAUACAAAUCAGAUUAUGAAAAAUUCUAUGGAAGUAUUCUUGACAACUCUAAUAUUGUCUCUUCUAUUAAUCAAAGAACAUCAAGAAAGGAAACAGAAGAAACAUAG